AUGAAGCUAAAACGAGCCAAGUGCUACAAAAAACUCAUGGGAUACAUGAAGCUGAACUUCAAAUUCCAUGAGCCUUAUCAGGUUCUUGUUGACGAAGAGCUGAUCAUUGAAGCAUGUCGAACCAAGUACGACUUGGUCGCUGGUCUCGAGCGGACCCUCCAGGGACAGGCCAAGCCGAUGAUCACGCAGUGUACUAUUGAGCAUUUGUACAGAUCCAAAAACCAGGAGGCUAUUGAAUUGGCAAAGAAGUUCGAGCGGCGACGGUGCGGGCACAUUCCCACCGAGGAUCAGACUCUUUCUGCUUUCGAGUGCAUUGCCAGCGUUGUGGAUAUCAACGGAUCAAACAAGCAUAGAUAUGUUGUUGCCACACAGAAACCGAAACUGCGGGACCGUUUGCGCAAAAUCCCGGCUGUACCACUAAUUUACAUCAACCGAUCUGUUAUGAUCUUGGAACCUAUGUCGCCCAUUACUCUCAAAGCCCGGGAGCAAAUCGAAGCGGCAAAGCUGCACAGGGGACUUAAUGCGGUGAGCACGGUCCCAGCGACCUCAGAGCCCCGAAAGCGCAAAGUCAAGGAACCCAAUCCCCUGAGUGUUAAGAAACGUAAAGUAGAGGAGGGUUCUGGUCCUACGAAACGAAAGCGUCGGCACAAGCCGGCCAGUUCGCAAAAGGAGUCUGAAAACAAUCCAGAGCCUGGCGAUGCACCUGAUUCUAUGGACAAUUCAGCCUAA